UGUCUAAAUUAUAAGUUUUUUAGUUUUGGCCUCGAGCUCAAGGGGUACUACCACAUUUUUUGGAAAAAAUUUAAAUUCAUCAAAAAAUUUGCCAAAUUGACAUGGAUAUUUCUAUUUGCAUGCAAAAUCCUUUGUAAAAAUUUCAUGUCAAAAAGACUUGUGAGUAAUGUAUAAAUUAUAAUUUUUUUAGUUUUGGCCUCGAGCUUUAGGGAGGAACUAUUGCGAAAUUCUCUCUCUAGCCAUGCCGCGGAAGAGAGGAAGACCGAAGAAGAAGCAAAUGAACAACGAUGAGAAAUCGCCGGAGGGGAGCAGCCCGACGGAUAAUACAACCCUGAAAUCAAGCGAAACCCAAUCUGAAUCCAAUAGCCCCAAAGAUCAAUCAGGCGAUGUCGCAGAUUUGAAGAAGGAUGAUGAAAAACCUGAAACCUAUGCGAGUGUGGUAGGUGACCCAAAUGAUGACCUGAAACUGAAAUUCAUUCCUGCAGCAGAUAUCAAUGGAAAUCGGAUAGCAAAGCUCUUGAAGGAAGACAUCAUUGAUAUGGCAAACUACUGGGAUGCGACACUGGUAUGCUGUAUACUCGGUGCUAAUCCCCCACUGGAGGUAGUCAAGGGAUAUAUUAACAGGAUAUGGAAAGAUGUCCAGAUCGAGGAAGUAUCUCUACUAAGAGAAGGUAUCCUGGGGUGAAGAUUAAUUUGGAGGCUCUUGAUGAUGUUCCUAUAUGGAUACAAUUUCCAGAUCUGGAAAUGAAAUUUUGGAGUUUAACUGGUCUUAGUAAGCUGGGCAGCAUGAUUGGGAAACCCAUUAAAAGAGACAGGCCAACUGCGAAUAAAAGGAAGUAUGCCUAUGCCAGAAUUCAAGUGGAAGUUAAAGUACAACAAGAGUUUCCAGAGACUAUUACCUAUGUGGAUGAUGAAGAUGUUGUGCGCACGCAGAAAAUUAAUUAUGAAUGGAUACCCUGCAUAUGCUCCCACUGUGAAACUGGGACAUAUGCAAGAAAACUGCAGGAAGAAGGAAGUGAAAACUGGGAAUGUGAGAAGGAAACUGAUAUGGAAACCAAAGGCUACUACUGAUCC